UCAAUGUAGUGUCCUUUUAUUUGACAUAAGAGGCAGCUUCUUUCGUAUUCUUUUUCAAACCUACAACAAUUUCUUUAAAGACCUCAAUGCACAAUGACUAAAAGCAAAGAUGUAACCUCAGGAGAACAGUCUCCUAGAAAACAAACUGAUGUGACCAAGGAAACGCAACUUGCCACUAGAGAUAUUUCGAGCGAUAUUGUCGACGAAGGGCGAGCAAUGAUCGCUGAUGGGAUUCCAACCGCGCUAGUUGAGACUGCCUUUGCUCUCAACAACCUUAUUUACGCUGGAUGCGAAAACAUGGAAUGUGCUGGAUUCAUUGAUAAUCUCAUCGAUUCCGAUCAGUCAUUUUCGGACAGUCUCGAAGGAACGUUCGAAUCGCAAUCUUUUGAAUCGAAAACCGCCGAAACAGAAAGUUUCGACACACGAAGUUUCGACACGCAGUCUUGUGCCGAUGCUAGAAGUGUGGCUACCGACGYAUCUUCCGUGGUACCAAAGAAAAACGAAGAAAAAGAUGUUGUCAAUAUUACCAUCGCCGACUCUUCCUCACACACGCGAGCUMUCGGUGGAAUGAUGCUUCAUGUACCACCCUUGCCUUCAAUCUCAGAAUCCGCGACGGAACAAGAAGGAAAAUCRUAUUUGCCAGGCAAGCUUGCAUCUGAAGGAGCCAUUGCGUCUGAGAAGAGCAUCCCAAACAGUAAGCCGGCAACAAUUCUUGAAGAGACACCAGCAACGGACUCGACCACCUGCUCUCCAAAGACAGGACUCGUCGAAAGCCAAGACAAACYAAGCAAGAGACGAGGCCUAAAGAAACUCAUUCGAUCGAAAAAGGAGAAAGAUGCCGACCCUCUAUCCAAACAGCCAGUCAACACCAAGGCCACAGAAGCAAAAUUUGUCUCACUACGAGCGAAAUUCGAUGGAGAUGAUCAGAAAUACACCACUGCUACCACUCCAAGUAAUGUUACUAGCAGUAACAGUAGCAGCAGCACCAAGCAACAUUCUUCUGACUCGUCUGAAAAGAGUCGAAAGAGCGAUAUGGAUCCCAGUGCUUUGCGAAGACACAACAGCCUUCUUGACGGAAACAAGAGCGUCAAGAGCGCGCGAAGCUAUACUCGUUUCUUCAUGGGUCGAUCGGUGGCUGGCUCAGAAUUCUCGUCUGAAACAAGAAGAAAGCUCGACAAUCCGUUCAGUGGGUUUUCCGCACGCAACAGAUCUGGCAAGUCCCGACCCAAACGAGAUAACAAGAAGCCGUCAUUAAUGAAACGCCUUCGCAGCGGUGUGAAGGAACAACCAGUUGACGUAUCGACAAACGAAACGCCCAUCAAGGUGGAAGGUACCAGCAAGAUUGUUGUCGACACAACGUACAAAACACAAUCUAUCAUUCCGUCGUCGACACAUUCUACAGCAUCACACUCGGAAGAUGAUUCUCAACAACAAUCAUCUUCUCAAAAACCAUACGUGCUUCUCGCACCGAGUGACAAAGGACAAGAGAUUGCUCUCCAAGACGACAACUAUUAUUUGAACGACCAUGCUGCGGUUCACUCACUYCUUACACUGCCCACAUUUGAUGGCAAUGCGGGCAACGAAUGCAACAAAGGUGUGGAGGUAUCGUUGUAAGAAGACCCCAAACUCUUUUCUAAAAAAGACUUACUGGAAGACACGGAAAUGAGCGGGAUGAUUUGUUGGCAAGAAGCCAGGAAGAAUGCAUGUGCCGCCUAUUAACUAUGCUUGGUGAGCUCUUCAUAAUAUAUGUUGAUUGUGAUUUCCAACUAUGUGUACAUGUGGGUACUUUCGCUGUAUAAUACUGAUAUCAAUACAUAACAACAAAACUUUAAUAAAAAUAACAAUUACUA